AUGCCUAACGCGGAAAACCUGUUACCCAAUCAUACUGUUAAUGGGGUAAACGCGGUAGUCGAGAAUAUGAGAAGGAGAGUUAAGUUGGAUGUAGUGGAGGUGAGAACUUCGAUGAGGGAGGUUCUGAAAAAGAUGGUAGGAAGAGGUCUAGUCAUACAAGACUUUGGGAGUAAGUUCCGAGAAGUAGGGAACUAUUUUGAGUUCCACGGAGAUGAGGACCAUAAGAUAGAAACAUGUAAUAAAUUCAAGGCCCUGGUACAAGGUCUAAUGGACAACAAGGAGAUGGAGUUCUUCGAGUUCGCUGAAAAGAAACAUGUGUGCGCUUCAGAGGAUGGGCUAAUAAAGAAGGUCUGUGAAGUCAAUCACCCAGUGGUGAUCAUUUCACGACCGGGAAUAAAUGAAGUUGGAGCAAGAACGACGCCAAAAGUGGUGAUUCAGAAACCGGCAGCUUUUCCUUAUAAGGAUAACAAAAGGGUGCCUUGGAGUUAUAAUUGUAAUGUGACAUUGCCAGGAGAGGGAAGGUUGGCCAGCACACCAAAUACAAAAGCCGAGCUUGUAAAAAAGAAGUCUCUGAUGUUUGAACAAGAGGAAGGAAGGACAAAACCACUGGUUAAUGAACCAGUAACAGCGGAUAAAGCUAAAAAAUUUCUGAAGUUCCUGAAGCAUAGUGAAUAUAGUAUUGUGGAGCAGUUACACAAGCAGCCAGCUCGCACCUCGGUACUAGCCUUACUAAAAAAUUUGGAGGCACACCGUAAUGCAUUGAUGAAAGUGUUGAAUGAAACUUAUGUUGCUGAAAACAUUUCAGUGAACAAGCUGGACCAUCUCGUCAGCAAUAUUAGCCCUGACAACUUCAUUUCUUUCAGCGAUGAUGAAAUACCGCCAGGUGAUACGGGGUCUACCAAGGCUUUGCACAUCACUACCUGGUGCAAAGGAUAUACACUACCGGGGGCAUUAAUUGACAAUAGGUCGGUACUGAAUGUCUUACCCCUAUCUACAUUGAACAAGUUACCCAUAGAUAGCUCUCACAUGAAGAUAUGCCAGAACAUAGUGAGAGCAUUCGAUGGCACAGAGAGGAAAGUAAUGGGUGGGAUUGAGAUUCCCCUUCAGAUUGGACCCAACACAUACGAGAAGCUGAAGUUGGUGACGGAAGGUCGGCUGAUAACUAUAAAUGCAGAGGAAGACAUUAUCGCAUCUGUUACUAGUAAUGCGCCGUACAUCGAGAAUGAUGAUGAAGCAAUAGAGUGCUCUUUUCAGUCGUUAGAGUUCAUAAAUGCAAAUUUUAUCACAGAUGGAGGCAAUGUCCCAAUGCCAAAAAUAUCAGGAGCCACGACGAUGGGCCUACGACCAACGAUAAAAAAAGGAGCAUUGGCUGGAAGGGGACUUGGAAAAUAUCUUCAUGAAUGGGUCAAAGUGCCAGGGUUAGUUGGCAAGUGGGAUCGUUUUGGUCUGGGGUAUAGGCCAGACGCCAGACAGAAGAAUGAAGAGCUAGUGAGGAAACAAGAGAGACGAAGGGCAUGA